AUGGAUAACAAUUGUCGUCCUAACCUGUUUUCCGUUCUCCGAAAAAGGAGGGUGUCAUUUGCAGAGCUAGCAAGGCAAUAUGAGAUGGCAGCCAACAACAAUGAUGACGAUAUCCCAAAAAUGAAGAGGAGGAUGAAACUACAACUGAUAGAUGAUAUGAAUUCAAGAAAAGCUACAUUCAGAAAGAGGCGUGCCGGGUUGUUGAAGAAGUUGGAGCAGCUCGCCAUCCUUUAUGACAUUCAGGCUUGUAUUGCCAUCUUUAGUCCAGGGGACAAGAAUCCUACGGUGUGGCCGUCGGUGGAGGAGGCUAAAGAGAUCGUGGAGAAGUUUGAGGAGAUUCCGGAGCCAGAGCGGUCGGGCAGAAUGGUAACUCAUCAGGAGUACAGGCAACAGAAGGUGAUUUGGAUGGAGAAGCAACUUGAGAAGCUCAAGAAACUUAACGAUUAG